AUGGCGGCGCACAGCAGCACAGGCGGGGUGCACAUCAACGAGGUGCACCAUGCGCACCCCUACUUCCCGCCGGAUACUGUACUGGCGGGCUUCGUCCCGCAGCAGCUGCCGUUUGAGCAGACGCUGGCCGUCUUCUUCACGGCCACGUUCCUAGUGCUGGCCUUUGGCUGGAAGCUGUCAGGCAAUUAUAAGCACCUGGCGACCAAGGAGCGGCUGCUGGUCUGCUGGUUCCUGUGCACCGGCCUCAUCCACUUGAUCGUCGAGGGCGCUGUCGUCCUCAACGCCAACUUCUACAAGGACACGACCCGCAACAUCCUCUCAGAGAUCUGGAAGGAGUAUGCCAAGGCCGACUCGCGCUAUGCCACCCGCGACGACUUUGUCAUCAGCAUGGAAGCCGUCACCGCAUUCAUCGAGGGCCCCGGCUGCUUCCUGAUCGUGUGGGCGCUCUGCGCGCGCAAGGCGUGGCGGUACGUCGCGGUCGUGCUGGUGUCACUGGGGCAGCUGUACGGCGAUGUGCUGUACUUCGGGACAUGCAUCCACGGCGGUGUUGACCGCCACACGCGACCCGAAUUCAUAUAUUUCUGGUUCUACUUCGUCAUCAUCAACGGCAUCUGGAUCGUCAUCCCCUUCGCCUGCAUCGUCUGGGCCGCCAACCGCAUCAACGCCGCCGUCGCAGGGGAGGACAGCAAGGCUGCGGCGAAGAAGCGCAAGGUCUAG